AUGACUGAAAGCUUGGCCCACUGCGAAGGAGCGAUGGACUUUAUGGAACCAGGCUCAAAGAGGCAACGGCUGGACUAUGGAGAUUUCGAACUUCCAUCACUACCAGGAUUCGCAUGUCCAGGCGAGCCGCAAUACAGUGAAACUCAUGAUAUUACAACGGACCCCGAUCAAAUCGAACUUGAAAGUGUUUGGGCCCAAAAGUUCUUGCAAACACACAGCAAUGACUUCGCAUCCUCAGCCUUUGAAACGUCGGAACCCAACUUGACAGUGGGAUACGAUGACCAGUAUCGCGACUCAGAUCAUUUAUUUCUGAACAACUCUUCAUUUGGAGAACAAGUUUCGGAUUUGUGUCUCGGCGGUUCUUUCCACCAGGAUGUCUUGCCCGAUGCAAAUAAUCUGACUAGUGGAGCUACUAUUGAAAUACAGGAGCCUACAACACCAAUCUUGGAUCAAGUUUGCUACGGAAUGAUUGCCGAUAUCCCAAUCACGGCGUCUCAGUCGAGCUUGAUGAACUUCGAUACAUGCCAAAUAUCAGUCGCCUUCCGGAAGCCUAAUCACCUCUACCAGACUGAACGGGACACAAAGUUCGGAGAACUUGAUGAACGAACAGCAAAGAUCUUGAGUAAUUUGACUACCGAGGAGGGGAUCUGCUUUCAGAUCUAUUGCCGAACUAUAAACCGACGGGCUGCUGCCGGGAAGAAAGGUUCUCGAAACCAGGUGCAAAUGAGUUGCAAUAUGUUAUGA